CAAGUACAUCACCCAACCGACAUUUCUCACACCAUCACAAGUACUAAGAGCAACAGGUUGUUCUUACCUUUUCGUGAAUAUCGGGAUAAUUCAACUUCAAGAAAAAUAUCACUUCAGCACCACCAUCCAUUACGUUUUUUGAAAAAUAUAUGCUAUAAUCACAUCUGGAUUACCAGGACACAAUCAGACAUGGACCCCAUAGUAGAAAUCGUUGCUUUGCUCCUUGGAUUCGUGGGUUGGGUUCUGGUUGGGAUCGCCAUACCGAACCGUUACUGGAAAACUUCUACCAUCGACGGCAGUGUUAUCACCACCUCCACCAUCUAUGAGAACUUGUGGAUGUCGUGUGCCACCGACGCUACCGGGGUCCACAACUGCCGAGAAUUCCCAUCUUUACUUGCCCUGUCUGGCUACAUUCAAGCCUCUCGCGCACUGAUGAUUGCCGCAGUAGUCAUGGGGACACUCGGACUGGUUUGCACUUUAGUGGGAAUGCAGUGCUCUAAAGCUGGAGGGGAUAAUCUAGUCCUCAAAGGCAGGAUUGCUGGUACUGGAGGCGUCUUUUUCCUGCUACAGGGCAUUUGCACAAUGAUUGCUGUGUCAUGGUACGCAUUCAACAUUACACAGGAUUUCUUCAACCCAAUCAACUUUGCUACAAGGUAUGAGAUUGGAGAGGGCUUGUACAUUGGCUGGUGUUCUGCCACACUAGCCAUCUGUGGUGGAUCCUGUCUCCUCUGUGCCUGCAGCUUUGGCACGGAUGAAAAAGGACCUUAUCCCUACAACCCAACUGGACGAACAGUGUACUCUGUUGCAGCAAACUCCAGGAGGGGGGAUGCUGCCACCACAUACGAUCGAAAUGCAUAUGUUUGAGAAUGACCAUUUCUACAGUACCAGGUCCAACAUAGUGUUCAUCUAUUACAACCAGGCAUGGGACAAAUAUACAUUGCACGUAUUUGGAUUAUUUCCAGCUCUUAAAUAUUUCUAUUUGUGUGUCUGUUUUUGUUGAGUUUCGACAAAGUACAGUUAUGUUGCAAUGUUAUGCAAAUGUUUCUUUUACACUGACUCCUUGUAUGUCAUUCAAAUUAGAUUCAUUUUAUGACAAAUGAGUUUGUUACAUUAUGCCCUAUUUGCAGUUAUUGUGUUAUCAAAAAAUCAAGUGGUAAAGAGCACUGGUCAAAACCAGACAGAAACUGAAGCGUUAGUAUUGAGAUAUAGGGGAGAUGUUAGAGGAGAUAUCAUUCAAGAAAUUUUACUGACAAAUGGAUACCUGUCAAACAAAUGUGUAUUGUCUCAUUUCAGUUCCCUUGCCGUUAUGAAGGGCCACAUAAUACUACAACAUAAGCUUCCAUAUGAUGUAGGACAUAUAGUGUAAAUAUUACUUUAUAUCUUGGCUUAAAGAGGUUUUUAGAAUGCAAAAGUAAGCUCAUACAAUUUUAUAAGUGCAGCAGUUAUGUCUCGAUUGGAAAGGGGGUUGAAUUUUUAUGAAUCAGAAUGAAUGGAUUAAUUGACAAAUUGUUGGUUUUAAUGAAUAGACAAAUAAUACAUUACAAUUUCCCAUUCGCUUUUUAUAUCCGCUGUUUUUUGUUUAUGAACCCAAAUAAAAAUUGUUUUGAAAAA